CAUAAACUUCACAUAAGGAAGACUGUAAUUGACUGCUCGCCACAGAACGAGGCGGAGGCGGAGUUUACCCAAACACCGUCGGUAUAACUGCUCGGUCCGGUCUGUCGAGCCCUGCAGCAGAUGCGACGUCCAGGCCGGUUUAAGCCCGCUAAGACGCCACUAGUCCAAUUAACCCAGAGGAGGCGGAGAUCCACGCACGCAGGGGCCAUUAAACUUAAACCUGCGGCUCCUCGAGCUCGACGAUGGAUAUGCGCGCGGUUCCGGCUCCUAUGAUGACGACCUGACAUCGAGCCAUCAAUAAACAAGCAGAAGAGACUCGGUAUCAUUAGUUGGGGAGGAGGAGGAGUAGGAGGAGGAUGAGGAGGGGGGGAAGAAGAGAUGCUGGUGUGUUUUGAGCGGUGGUAAAUGAGUGAGAUUUAUAGAUAAAGCCUCGAUAAGCUCCUGGAAGGGUCGCGUGUUUACAGGCCCGGCUGAGCGCGCGUCAUUUUGACGACGGCGGCGGAGUUUCCUCGAGCUGUGUGUGUGUGUGUGUCUGUGUGUGUGUCUGUAUGUGUGUGAGUGUGUUGUGUUUGUUUUUUUUUUUGUUUGGUUGAAAGGUGGAUCGUUAACAUGGAAACAUACACUGAUGUGCUGCUGGUCACCGCAAACGUCGGCUCACUGUUUGACAAUUUGGGUGAAAUUCAAAAUGAGUGGUUACAAGAAUUGUAUAAGACUAUCCACUGCUACAAGCCGCAGUUCAUCGCCCUGCACUUCCAGGAGGUGGGAGGGAAGGACUACAUGGUCAACAUGGGCCAUGCUGAAAACUUCUUUUGGAGCAUUGAGUCCAGUGAGGAAAUGAAAGACUAUGACAGGGUCUGCAUCUAUGUGGACAACCAGUUCCAAGCAGAAGACAGCUUCACGGCUUUGGGGAGCAUGUACUUCAUCCACAAGACUCUGAAAAACAUCUAUCAGUAUGAUUUUAAUGUUAAAGAUUUCAAAGCAGUGUCGGGACAGAACAAGAACGUGGGCUCUCUGGAUGGGGUCACCACAGUGGAGAAAGAAAAAUUCCCAAAGAAUUUCUGGCCUGAUUUCAAGUGGUCCAGAAAGGGCUUCAUGAGGACCCGCUGGAUCAUACACAACCAAGGUCUGGACCUGGUCAAUGUCCACCUGUUCCAUGAUGCCUCCAACCUCAUUGCCUGCAACUCCAGUCCUUCCAUUUACUCAGCCAACCGCAAAAACGCUCUGAGAUAUGUCAUCAACAGGAUAUCAGACAGCUGCUACACUCCUCUGCCUUUCUUCCUGUUUGGAGAUUUCAACUUCCGUUUGGACACACUCAGUCUGGUCCAGCAUCUGUCCACCUCGGCAGAUGUGCAGACGGUGAAGAAGGACUGCAGCAACGAAGUGGAGAAAAUCAUCUGUGAAGAAAAAGACAACGACCACCAGGUGCUGCUCCACAUUGAGGAGAAGCUGUUCACCUACCUGCACCAGGCGGUUUUCAGGGAGGAUAACGGAAGGGCACUUUUGAAAUAUGACAAAGAAGCAGCAGCCUUUCAGGAUGUUAUUAGGGAAGAGGACAUCACGUUUCCACCCAGCUACCCCUACAGUGAAGAGUACACUAAACCGACCCAGUACAUGAACACUCGCUGCCCUGCCUGGUGUGAUCGUAUCCUCAUGUCACACACUGCCCAAGAAUUCACCCACAAGGGAGAUGACGGUGAGAAGAGCGUUGUUUACAACACAGUGGGUCCUAAUGUCUGCAUGGGAGACCAUAAGCCGGUUUUCUUGUUCUUCUCCCUGAAGACAAAUGACCAUUGACUCGGAUGCUUCUGAAUGGUCUAUAACAGUACCAUCCUCAGAGCUAUGCCACAGUCUCAGUACCAGACGGUAAUCAGCAUGAUGGUUACCUCCUACAACCCACCAGUCAGCCAGCUGCGGGUCUCAACACAGGUUGUCCUCACACCAGUGGUGUCUCGCGUCUGAUCUCACUGCCACACACUGUGGACCACCACUUGAGUGACACAAGCACAGAUUUAUCAGCAGCUUUCAUGGAUUCCUGCAGCAGUCCAGAACCUCCACUCACUCUCUGAGCUCAAAUCCCCUGACCUGAAAGCUCAGUGUCUCUGAGGAUGUUCCUUCAAUCCCUGCUUGCAGCCAUGGAGACUUUUUUUUUUUUAAUUCGAUUCAAACAACGAUGUAAAGACUUUUACAUGGAUGUAUACACGCAUAUGCAAAUAUUCUUUAAUUUUGAUUAGAGGAAUUUCAGUUGCAUUCAUCACAAAUUUCCCCGUUCUUCGUCGGCCUCUAAAUCAUUUAUUAAAUCUCCACUAAUGUAGCAACUGUACUGGAUAGCUUCCACUCGGUAGGUUUUAAAUUAACAGUUAAAUUCAGCCAGUCAGAAUCCAGUAUUGUGAAACUCUUGUGUAAAUAAGUUUUAGCUAAACAUUAUGAAGAACAUUAGUGUUAUUAUGAGCCAUAGUCUGUGUAAAAACAAAAUAAUGAAAACUAAAAAAAAAUGUGGAUUUGGAGCAGGCCUACUGACCAUGUGUGUAUGCUUUUUAUUUUGUAUUUUAUGCCAUUUUUAGUUCAGGCAGGUUGUUUACUAUGACUGUAAACAGGAUUUCACAGGAAAGCAGGAAACACAGUGAAGGAAUGCUGCUAAUCUCAGUUUCCUGUCGACAUGUUUGAUCAGAUACGCUCUGCAGAUAAAACAUAAUUUACGAAGAAUUUUUUACUGACAUGUUAUUGUUUUUCACACGUGUAGCUAUUUCAUCACAGCAGCUUUAACUGUCACGUGUCUUGGUUACAUUAAAACAUCUAUUUCAGAAUUUUGAUAAAUGCAUAUGACAAGUUUAAUAUCAAAAUGACACUAGAGGGUGGACAAAAGGCCAACAGCAUUUUAAAGCGACAACAAAGCGACUACAGCAGUUCUGUCUGUUUUUAUUAAUUCAUUAACACAUCAGCAGUGUUUUACCCUGUUGAAUUUAGUAGCAUUCUUCUGUUUUUCCAUAAACUAAUUGUACCUGAAUACCAAGUGCUUUAUUCCACAAACUAUAAAUCAUCAGUUCUCAAUGUUUGGAUUUCUUCACUCUUUUUUUCACAAAGUUAUCUUCACAGUUCGUCUGCACAAAAAUCUCUUCCACCCUGUUCUGGUUGGCAUCUCCCUUGUUUCAUUGCCAAAAGAAUUACACUGUAGGCCUCGUGUGUUUACUUCUAACUCUAGUUAAGGAACGUGGAUGUUUCCAUCACAUGGCUUCGUUUGAACUUGAUAAAAUCUUGUGUGUAUAUAUAUAAUAUAUAUAUAUAUACGUGUGUUUUGUUGAUUCAUAGUUUCAUACUGUAGCACCAGUGCUGUAUAAUAUUCUUGAUGUGUGAAUUAUUGGUUAGAUUUCUUCUUCUUUUUUUUUUUAAUCUGGCUUUAAUAAUGACUUACUGAAAUAAUUUGAAAUAUGUAGUGGUUUGUAACCAUCCAUACAGUAGUUAUACCCGAUUAUCCUUCAGAGUCACAGGAUGGGGCCUGGAGCCAAUCCCAGCUGACACAUAUUUUAAUGUUUGUUUAUUUUUUUCUUACACAGCUUGGUAGACCGGUACACUCCCUUUAUUCAUGCAAAAAUACUCUUCAUGCAUAAAUUCACAGAUAUUCUUAUCAAGUUUGGACUGUCAGUCGUGUUUUUGCAGCGACCCCCGAAACCUUGCCAUAACAAGAUUAAGUUAAGAAUCUGUGAUUACUGUGUAAUAAACUUUUAGCAGUUCACUGUUGACCAGUCAUGGGAGUGGAGUUCAUUAUAAGGCCAGUAUUACCUUUCGAUUAACUCUGGACAAACACUACAUCAUUGUGAUAUUUCACUUUUGUAAAUAAAAUAUUACCCUCAUAAA